AUGAAAAUAAAUGAAAAUUCAACAAAGGAUGUAUGUCUACAAAUGUUUGAAACUGAUGAAUCUGCUUACUGUGAUUUUACUAAAUCACCUUUCUUUAUUGAAAAAUUAAAAACUGAUCCAACUUUAAACUAUGCAACUAAUGUUGAAUCUAUAAU